CUGCUCCCUGCAGGAAUAAAGGAAAGAAAUGAGGAAGGUGGAGUAGCUGCAAAUGGGUUUCAAUUAGUGGGUCUUUGUUGCUGUAAAGAGAGGGGAUUAGAGACAGGUCACAGGUCAAGAGAUAAAACAUCCUGAAACUGGAGCUUGGGUAGGGCCUUGGUGGGCAGUUGAUGCUCUGGGAGCACCGUGCUAGCAGUAGAAGACAGGGCAGUGACUGAGGUGAGCACCCACCAUGGUCCGGGGGGCUCUCUGUGCUCUGCUGCUGCUGCUGGCCCUGCGCUCCCGCUCGGGGCGGGCAGGGGAGUUCUGCCACGGCUGGGCUGGCAGCCCCCAGCGCUGGCACCGCGGCUUCCAGUGCCCCGAGCGCUACGAUGGACCCGAGGCCACGCUGUGCUGCGGGACCUGCAGCCUGCGCUACUGCUGCUCCUCCAGAGAGGCGCGCCUGGACCAGGCCCGAUGCCCCGGUGACCCGCCGCAGCCCAGCCCCAGGCCUCCGGUGCCAGUGCCUGUGUACCUGCCCUUCCUUCUUGUUGGGUCCGUAUUUGUGGCAUUUAUCGUUGGUGGAGCCUGCGUUGGAAUCUGCUGCUGCAAAUGCUUAAAAUCCCAGGAUGAGGAGCAGCAAAGUGGACUUGCACCUGGCCAGACCUGGCUACUCGAACCUGAUCUUCCCUCUCGUCUCUCCAGUUCCAGUUCUGCCACCAGAAGCUCACCAAGUAAUGGUCCUCAGAGCAGCAGCAUCUGCAUGACUCUGGCUCCAUCCCUUCCUCCAUCCCUGCCCAUUCUUGGGCUGCCUGAAGAUGCUCAGUUCCUAAGUCCCCCACCUGGCAGUGGACAACUCUUGCAACCUUCAUGUGCUAUGCACAGAAUAGCCACUGAUCACACUGCAGUAAUGGCUCCAGCGUCCUUCCUUAAAAGAACAAUCUAUGGGCAUGGUGCUAAUACAUCUCCUCUUGGGGUAACACAGAGUGACCAAAUAAUGUACUCAGGAGCACAUGUUUGAGAUGACACAGCAGCAGCCAUGAGCUGGAUGCCAUUUCACUAUUAUAAACAGUUCUUUUGAACUGAAAUGAGGACUUAAAAAUGUUUAAUGCUAUCAGGAAGUGCAUCGUUUUGGGCUUUUUACAGUUCUGAAGAUGACCUGUUAGAACUUCUUUUAGGUUCUUGGGUUUUAACACGUGUUAUUUUAAUGCUAUAGAAAAAGACAAGGUCCUGAGGCUGGUGUACCUGCUCAAGGAACAAUAGGAAUGAGUUUCACCCUCCUUUGGUCCUCGCACACCAUGCUCCAGGGGACAUGGCUGAGGACUUGAUUUCUGCAGCUGUGUCACUUCUCAGCAGCUUGGGGCAGGGACAUGCCUCAGUGGAGUUAUCCAUUGUGGACACUUGCCAGCCUGGAAAGCACCAGGAAGACUCUGCUUCAUCUACACAUAACUGAACACUUCAGCUGAUGAAGGGUUACAGGGUAAGGGAAGAACAAAACCAGACUCCAGUGAGUUUCCUGAGUGCAUGCAGGAAAAGCCUGCCUACUUUGACUCCUGUUAAGAUGCAGCCAUCCCCUCACGGCAGGACACUGAGAGAAAGAAGUUGUCAAAAUAUACUUACUGCUCCCUGCUGGAGCGUUUCAACGCCUCCUCACAGCAUGGACACCUGCAUGAUGAGACUGUGAAGGCAUGGGAAAAGGACUCCACAGGGGUUACCAAUAGGAGCAGGGGCCGAGGCUUAAAAAUCUUAUGAGUAAAUGCCAAAGCUUUCCUGGUGAUGGUGCUUGAUAAAGAUG